GAAGAAUUAUUCAGUGGAUUGUAUGAAUAAUGGUAAGUUUCUUUUGCUCAAUUAUUGUCAUUGUAGGAUAAUGGCUCGCUUAACUGUAAGUGAAAGACAAAUUUUGAGAAAGAAGAAGAUCAUAACUCUUUAUAUGUAUUGGAUGAAUGUGUUGCAUGUAGUGGAAUGGUUUUUUAAAUUAUGGGAAAAAAUUAUUGAACAUAGUAUUGAAUCAAGCUCUUUGGGAAGACAAUUAUACAUACUUGAUAUUUUUGUCAAUAGGCAAAUUGUGCACCAAAUAGCUUAUGAGAGUGAUGUCAUUUGUUUUGAUCAACUUAGGAUGAAUAGGAAAGCAUUUAGCACUUUAUGCAUAAUGCUUGAAACUAGGGGUGGGUUAAAAGCAUCUAAAUAUUUACAAGUAGAUGAACAAGUGGCUAUGUUUUUACAUGUAAUUGCUCAUCAUGUGAAAAAUAGAGUCGUUAGAUUUCGAUUUAUGAGAUCGGGUGAGACAAUUAGCAAAUAUUUUCAUAAUGUGUUACAUUCAAUCAUUCGGCUACAUGGAGAGUUAUUGAAAAGACCUGAACCUGUUCUUGAAAAUUCAACAGAUGAGAGGUGGAAAUGGUUCAAGAAUUGCUUAGGAGCACUAGAUGGAACUCAUAUUAGAGUGAGAGUACCUAUGAAUGAUAAACCAAAAUAUCGUACUCGAAAAGGUGAAAUAGCUACAAAUGUCUUAGGUGUAUGCUCCCAAGACUUGCAAUUCAUAUAUGUGUUACCUGGUUGGGAAGGCUCUGCAGCAGAUGGUAGAGUUUUACGUGAUGCCAUACGUAGAACAAAUGGUUUGUGUGUUCCAAAUGGUUAUUAUUACCUUGUAGAUGCUGGAUAUACUAAUUGUAAGGGAUUUCUUGCUCCAUAUCGAGGCCAACGUUAUCACCUCAACCAAUGGGAAGAUGGAAAUCCUCCUAGAAAUUCACAAGAAUUUUUUAAUAUGAAGCAUUCAUCUGCUAGGAAUGUCAUUGAGAGAUGUUUUGGUGCAAUUAAGAGUCGAUGGGCAAUUCUUAGGAGUCCGUCAUUCUAUCCAAUAAAGACUCAAAAUCGAAUCAUUUUGGCAUGUUGUUUGCUUCACAAUUUUAUUAGAAGAGAAAUGCCUACUGAUAAUACUUAUAUGCAUUCAGAGAAUGAGAUUAACAGUGGAGAUGAAGAAGAUGUUGAUGGAUCCAUAAGAAGUAUUGAAGCUUCUGAAGAGUGGACAACGUUUAGAAACAAUUUAGCACAUGAGAUGUAUAGUGAAUGGAGGGAACGUAGGAGAGCAAGCUAGUUUUUUUUCUUAGAUUAAAUGCACAAUGAUUAUCUAGGUUUUUAUAUUUGUUUUCACUUGGCUAUGCCAAGUUAUUUGAAUAGUUGUGUAAUUGACAACAUUGAAAUUUAUCUUUGAAUUUAUGUUUUGUUAUUGGUGUGUAUAUCAAUUCAGUUUUGUUUAUUUACUGUUGAAUGUCUUUAUUUUUCACUCAAGUUCAACAUUUCAAUUCUAGUUUUUAGUUUUACAUUAUUUUGAUUCCUUAUUUCAGCAUGGAGACUUCAAAAGGAAGAGGUCCAGGACAAAAUAAAAGAUUCUGGAGUGAAGAUGAAGACAAACACUUGAUUGAAUCACUUAUGGAGCUAAAUAAUGAAGGGAAGUUUAAAGCUGAAGGAAACUUCAAGCCAGGUCAUCUUAGAGCUAUUGAGAUGAAACUAAAAGAGCGAAUGCCUGGAUGUGACAUACAAGCUAAGCCACACAUUGAGUCUAGAAUGAAAACUUUGAAGACUCAUUUUCAAAUAGUACAUGAAAUGUUGACUGGACCUUUUUGUAGCGGGUUUGGAUGGGACAGUAUUAGAAAAAGCUAGAAUCGCGGAAAAACCAGUGUGGGAAGCAUAUUUGCAGAGUCAUAAGGAAGCAGCCCCAUUCAAGAUCAAGUCAUUCCCUUGGUAUGACGACUUGUGUGCAGUUUUUGGCAAAGAUCGUGCAACUGGAAAACAUGCGUAGACCGUAACGUAUGUUGUUGAAGAACUUGAAGCUGAAAAGGAAAACACUACACUUGGAGAAGAUGAUUUUAGCAAUGCUAAUAAUGUGGAUGAAGUGGAAUCUAUGUCUGUUUCAGAUGCAACAAGAGGUGCUCAAUCUCACACUCAAUCAGAUGGGUCUUCAAAGAAGAAAAGGAAAGCUGCAAAUCAUGAAGAACUUUCAAAUGCACUUACACAAUCAGCUUCUAUUCUCGCAGAGGUAAUUGAAAAAGCUUCUAUUCGUUUGAGUAAAGCUAUUGGUGAAGACUUGAAUGAAAAGCAUAUGCAGCUCGGGAAAGAGUUAGAAAGGACCACUACACUUACUACAACUCAACGUCAUAAGGUAGCUCGCAUGAUUAUGCAAGAUAAUGCUCUGGUUUCUUACUUUUUCAGUGUCCCAGAUGAUGAGAAGGAUGAAUGGGCGAGACUUCUGAUUGAUGGCUCUCUUUAGUACACAGCUCGGGAAAGAGUUAGAAAGAUCAUGGUUAUUCACUUUGGUCUAAAAUAAUUUGCAGGACAAUAUAUAUUGCCUUUGACAUUCAGUAGUAUACAAAUUAUAAUCUUUUGGAUCUGGUGUAAUGUGUUAUGCUCAUAAUUUUGCAAACAAUUAUUUUGAGCAUAAAUAUGGGAAUUGGACAUGAAUACUUAUACUUUUGAACAA